AUGCGAGUUUAUGCAAAAAUAAUUUUACAAACAAGUUUUUGCGAUUUGGCACUCUUAAUAUUUGGACAUUUAGUACAACCUAUAAUUUUUGUGGCAGAUGGUAUAGCUAUUGUUAUAGAAAAUGGAAUAGUUAAUAAUUGGGAGAGACCUUGGAAUAUUUUAAUUUAUGAUUUUUGGUUUUUUAUUAGUUUAUUUGUUAGUGUUGGAGUUGCUGUACAAUUUGUUUAUAGAUAUUUAAUUCUCUGCAGAGAUAUUGAGAUAAAAACUGGAGGUUAUUUCUUAAUUUUAACAAUAGCUGCAAUUGCUGAAGGAAUUUUAUUAUCAUUUUUUUAUUGGAUUGGAUAUCCAUCUUAUGAGGCUAAAAUCGAAAAUGAACAAAUUCUUCGAAUUUUGGGAGAAACAAUUAAUAAUAAUACAAAAAUGUCAUUGCGUCCAACACUUUAUGGAAAUAGGUCAGAUAUUCGUUGGGUUAUUUGGCUUGCUUGUUUUUUCCUUUACGGAAUAUUUUGUUAUUUAAUUAUUUGGUUUUGUUUUUCAAAAAUAGUUGAUUAUAUACGCAAAAAUUUAAAACAAAGUAGUACUUGUCCUCGAGUAAAUGAAUUAAACAGACAAAUGACUAUGAAUAUGGCUAUACAAGCAUCAAUUCCUGUUCUCGACAUUCUCGUUUUUAUGUUUGUCACUUUUGCAUCUAUUGUUGAUGCUACAAGUGACUGGUUUAUUUGUCUAACAAUGCUUAUGGGUCCUAUAAUUAAUUGGAUUCCAGUUUUAAAUCCCUUAGCCACAAUAAUUACUGUAGCUCCGUAUAGAAGGACUUUGAUUAAAGUUGGGCCAAGUUUGCCCCCUGCAAUUAAUUCUGCACGUCCACCGAGCAAAUUACUUUAUAGGAGCAGCAAUUGA